AUGCAUGCGUUCAGUACUCAGAUUGAAGAGACUGAUGAACAUCUCCUCUUCAAGAACACAAUAGUUACAUUUGAUAAUCCAAAACUUAUCAUAACCAGGAAAAAUGAGACUGAGUCUGCAAUCUACAUGGAGAUUGAGCCUGUCAAUUUAGUUCAAAACACUGAGGUCUUCCUUGAGUCUUGUGAAGCUACACCCUAUGAUAGUCCCAACUAUCCCAUCUCUUAUCCCAUCAUCACAAAUGGAUGCGGGGUUGAUGAAACGGUUAACAUCUACACAAGUCACCAGUCCAAUGUCAAGUUCAGUUUGGAGGCCUUCAAGUUUAUCGGACAAUAUGACCAGGUGUUCAUCAGCUGCUCUAUUAUCAUAUGUCAAGCCAACAAUCCCAGCACACGCUGUGCUCAGGGCUGCACCAACGGCACACAGAUCACACCGUCCUCACAUGUUCACAAAAGAGAAGCUGCCAUCCAGACCGGAAGCCACUUUAUCUCCCAGGGACCCCUGCGGCUGAGGAGGAGCGCAUCACUUACCGACGCCAUCAGCCCAAGCUUGAACCUGAACCUUGUUUUUGUGGCUGGAUGCGUCGUAGCAGUAGUUGCCAUGGUGUGUGGAAUGAUGGUCUAUAAAGCCAGGGGAUCAAAGGUCAACUACCAACUCCUGAAAUCAGAUGAGAUUUGAUCAGAUGACUUCAAA